AUGAAGCUAGAUAAGCUUGAAGAAAGUUUGAGCAAAGCAAGGUCUUCCAUAAGAGAAGCUGCUGCUACAUCACUAGCCCUGAAGAACAAGAUCAAUUCUACAUCAAAAUCAGUACAACUAGUGCAUGACCAGGACCCUGACUAUGUACCUCACGGCCGUAUAUAUCGGAACGCCCAAGCCUUUCAUAGGAGCUACCUAUUAAUGGAGAAGCUGUUCAAGAUAUACGUAUACGAAGAAGGAGAGGUGCCAUUGUUUCAUGCUGGUCCAUGCAAGAGCAUAUAUUCCUCAGAAGGAAGGUUCAUCCACGAAAUGGAGAAGGGAAAAUUGUACAGAACCAAAGACCCAGAUGAAGCUGAUGUUUACUUCAUUCCGGUGAGUGUGACCAAUCUGGUGGAGUACCUCUACGUCCAUGGCACGCCAGAUCGAGAUCCGAUAAAGCGAGCCUUCAUCGACUACAUUAAGGUCAUUGCUGAUAGGCAUCCUUUCUGGAAUAGAAGUCUUGGUGCUGAUCAUUUCAUGCUUUCAUGUCAUGACUGGGGGCCAGUCACGUCAUCCUCUGUCCCCGAUUUUUUCCACAACUCCAUUAGGGUUCUUUGCAAUGCCAAUACUUCAGAAGGAUUUAAUCCAUCAAAAGAUGCCUCAUUUCCCGAAAUUAAUCUUCUAACAGGUGAAAUCUCAAGUCUAGGUGGUCCGCCUCCAUCGACUCGAACUGUCCUUGCAUUUUUCGCCGGUCGUCUUCAUGGCCACAUCCGGUACCUCCUUCUAAACGAAUGGAAAGGCAAAGACGAAGAUGUCCAAGUCUAUGAAGUACUCCCAAAGAAAGUGUCCUAUGAAAACAAGUUGAAAAGUAGCAAGUUUUGCUUGUGCCCGAGUGGGUAUGAAGUGGCUAGUCCAAGAGUGGUGGAAGCAAUCUAUGCCGAGUGUGUUCCGGUGUUGAUUUCAGAUGCCUACGUUCCACCUUUCAGUGAUGUUUUGAACUGGAGGUCAUUUUCUGUUCAAAUUCCUGUGCAGAAUAUAUCGGACAUCAAGAACAUAUUGAUGGGGAUAUCUCAUCGGCAGUACCUCAGAAUGCAAAGGAAUGUGAAACAAGUGCAACGACAUUUUGUGGUGAAUGGACCUCCUAAGCGAUACGAUGUUUUCCAUAUGAUUGUUCACUCUAUUUGGCUUAGGAGGUUAAAUAUUCGUGUUCAUGAUUUUUGA